GAGUAUAUAGAGGAACACAGGGGUCUGUACAAGGACGUGAUGAUGGAGAAUCACCGGCCCCUCACAUCACUGGAUGGGCCCAGUAACAGAGAUACCCCAGAGAGAUGUCCCCGUCCUCUGUAUUCCCAGGAUUGUACAGAGGAGAAUCACAGGAUCCCACAGGAGGAUCAGGAAGAACGUUUGUCUGAUAUUAAAACAGAAGAUAAAGAGGGAGAAGAAGAGAAGUAUGUGAUUGAUAUAAAGGCAGAAUAUAUAGAGGGAGAAGAAGAGACGUAUGUGACUGAUAUGAAGGCAGAAGAUAUAGAGGCAGAAGAAGAGACGUAUGUGACUGAUAUGAAGGCAGAAGAUAUAGAGGGAGAAGAAGAGACGUAUGUGACUGAUAUGAAGGAAGAAGAUACAGAGGGAGAAGAAGAGACGUAUGUGACUGAUAUGAAGGCAGAAGAUAUAGAGGGAGAAGAAGAGACGUAUGUGACUGAUAUGAAGGCAGAAGAUAUAGAGGGAGAAGAAGAGACGUAUGUGACUGAUAUAAAGGCAGAAGAUAUAGAGGGAGAAGAAGAGACGUAUGUGACUGAUAUAAAGGCAGAAGAUAUAGAAGGAGAAGAAGAGACGUAUGUGACUGAUAUAAAGGCAGAAGAUAUAGAGGGAGAAGAAGAGACGUAUGUGACUGAUAUAAAGGCAGAAGAUAUAGAGGGAGAAGAAGAGACAUAUGUGACUGAUAUGAAGGCAGAAGAUAUGAAGGGAGAAGAAGAGACGUAUGUGACUGAUAUAAAGGCAGAAGAUAUGAAGGGAGAAGAAGAGACGUAUGUGAGGGGUGAUCAGCAGUGUAAGGAGGAGGAGAUCCCUACAGAUAUCAGCACAGCAGAUGGACACACAAGCAGGAAUAUCUCAGAAGGACAUCUAAUGUUAUCCCCGGAUUGUGAUAUAAAAGAUAACAGUAGACAGAAUUCUCCAGGAGAUAACCCCAUUACCCCAAUGAUACAUCCAGCUAUAUCAGCUGGUCCCUCUGAUCCUGGGAAAUGUUCUCCUGAUCACUCUGAUAUUGGUGCAUCUGUUACAGCUCUGAGAGUAGAUACAGUGUUUCCCUGUUCUAUAGAUGCCAAAUGUUUUACACAGAACACAAACCUUAUUACUCAUCAGCCAGCUAAGGCAGGUGAGAGGCCACUGAUAUGUUCUGAGUGUGGGAAAUGUUUUACAUAUAAAUCAAAUCUUGUUACACAUCAGAGAAGUCACACAGGUGAGAAGCCAUUUCCAUGUUCUGUGUGUGGGAAAUGUUUUACACACAAAUCAGCUCUUGUUGUACAUAAGAGAAUUCACACAGGUGAGAAGCCAUAUUCCUGUUCUGAGUGUGGGAAAUGUUUCGCACAUAAAUCAGCUCUUGUUACACAUCAGAGAAGUCACACAGGUGAGAAGCCAUAUUCCUGCUCUGAGUGUGGGAAAUGUUUUGCACAGAGAUCACAUUUUGUUACUCAUCAGCAUGCUCACACAGGUGAGAGGCCAUUUUCCUGUUCUGAGUGUGGGAAAUGUUUCGCACAUAAAUCCGCUCUUGUUACACAUCAGAGAAGUCACACAGGUGAGAAGCCAUAUUCCUGUUCUGAGUGUGGGAAAUGUUUCUCACAUAAAUCAGCUCUUGUUACACAUCAGAGAAGUCACACAGGUGAGAAGCCAUAUUCCUGUUCUGAGUGUGGGAAAUGUUUCUCACAGACAUCAGCUCUUGUUACACAUCAGAGAAGUCACACAGGUGAGAAGCCAUUUUCCUGCUCUGAGUGUGGGAAAUGUUUUGCACAGAGAUCACAUUUUGUUACUCAUCAGCAUGCUCACACAGGUGAGAGGCCAUUUUCCUGUUCUGAGUGUGGGAAAUGUUUCGCAUAUAAAUCAGCUCUUGUUACACAUCAGAGAAGUCACACAGGUGAGAAGCCAUUUCCAUGUUCUGAGUGUGGGAAAUGUUUUUCAUCGAAAUCACAUCUUGUUACACAUCAGAGAAGUCACACACGUGAGAAGCCGUAUUCCUGUUCUGUGUGUGGGAAAUGUUUCUCACAGACAUCAGCUCUUGUUACACAUCAGAGAAGUCACACAGGUGAGAAGCCAUUUUCCUGCUCUGAGUGUGGGAAAUGUUUUGCACAGAGAUCACAUUUUGUUACUCAUCAGCAUGCUCACACAGGUGAGAGGCCAUUUUCCUGUUCUUAGUGUGGGAAGUGUUUCGCAUAUAAAUCAGCUCUUGUUACACAUCAGAGAAGUCACACAGGUGAGAAGCCAUUUCCAUGUUCUGAGUGUGGGAAAUGUUUUUCAUCGAAAUCACAUCUUGUUACACAUCAGAGGAGUCACACAGGUGAGAAGCCAUUUUCAUGCCGUGAGAGAAAUAAAUCCGCUCUUGUUGAACAUAUUAGACAUUACCCAAGUACGGAACUAUUUAAAUCUUCUGUAGUAUAAUUAUCACUGUCAUGCAAUGUUCCUCAAGGGUCAAUCCUAUCUCCUAUGCUUUAUAAAAUAUACAUGCUACCACUGGGUGAUAUAAUCAGACAUCAUGGCCUGGUCUACCACUGCUAUGCUGAUUACCUGCUUUUUGCUCCAUGUACUGAGAACCUAAUACCAAUCCUAAAUGGUUGUCUAGCUGAGCUCCAGGGGUGGAUGAUGCCAGUUGGCUGUGAUUCAGUCUUUGUGAAACAUAAUAGAAGCUCCCCAACAAAGGACAAGACUACAGCUUUACCAACCAUCUGGAUUUAUGCUUUGGUGUUCAGAAUUGCAAAACACUGAAUCUUUGUGUUGUCCUGGUAUGUGGCUGACACAGACAUCAGGUAUCUGCCACAUACAAAUCCUCAUUCUUCCAUCUGUGGACCAUAGCCAGAAUCAAGCACUUGAUUUCCUCAGAAGUUCAUAGACUACUGCAAUGCCAUCUACCUGAGUCACCCAGCAAAAGAAUUACAGAGCUUGCAGCUAGUACAGAAUGCAGCAGCCAAGCUGUUACCUAACCCGUUCCUGCCGCAUAACACCCAUUCUCUACUCCCUUCACCGGCUGCCUGUAAGAUGACAAAUCUGUUUCAUAAUUGGCUAACUGACCUUCCCAGCCCAACAUUACAUGGUCCAAGGUACUAGAAGCAGCUCCUGCCUCCUUACUGCCCUGCUUGCUUGCUUCUACAGAUGAAGGACUGUUACCAGCAGUACCAAGAAUCUCCUGUCAUUCAUUUAAGGGUUGAAUGUUUAGUUUUGCAGCCCUGACCAUGGAACUCACUGCCUUGCACAGUCCAAGAGGCCUCCACUCUAGAGACCUUCACAAGCAGACUGGUGACUGUUACUCACGCUUUUCAUUAAUGUACCUCUAUUUACUUCCUAAAUAAUACAUCCCAAAUGCUUAGGUCUUUUUUCUGCUGUUUAUUUUGUAUCUUGUGCUUUGUGUAAAUGUGAAUGUCUAAUACCAGUUUCCACAAUCUGUAUUGCUGCACGACAAUAUGGCGACCAUUGGAACGUGUUUUCACUUCUUCUAGUUUGCCUAACUUGUUGCUGACACUCAUCUUGAUAAGGAGUGUUGAGUGUUUUCUGAUACAAGAUCCUAUCCAUAUAUACCCUGUACAUUACCAUGUGCAUUAGAGUCACCCAGGUUCCAUCUGCAGUGGUUUGUUGUAUGUUACAUCUAUAUGGUGCGGAUACUCCCCUGUAUGAUUUCAUAAUAAAAGCUUUUGUUUGCAUCUAA